CAUUUUUUAGAGAUUUUCUUAAAUAUUAUAAAUAUAUAUAACUUUAUUAAAUGAAAAUGAAUUUCGCCUUGUAAUUCUUUUUAAAAUGCUCUACCAGAGGUCAAAGGACUAAAGCUACAUAGCAUAGUUACUUUUAAUCAUCAUUAUGGGAGAAGCACUGGCUUGUCCUAUAUGUGGAAUUUUUUUAAUUGAACCAUAUGUGCGAUGUGCAAAAUGCAAGAAUCCAACUCGUUCCUUUUGCCUCCAGUGUUUUGCCAAAGGACGUGAAUAUGAAAGUCAUCGAAAUAAUCAUCCAUAUACUAUAGUGAGAAAUAAUUUUACACUUUUUAAUCCUGAAUGGAUGGCAUCUGAAGAAUUGAAGCUUCUUGAUGCAAUAGCAGAGCGGGGAAUUGGAAACUGGUCUGAUAUUGCUAAAGAUGUUGGUACAAAAGGUAAAACAGAAUGUGAAGAACAUUAUUUUAAAUACUAUGUUUAUAAUCCUGUACCACCAUUGCCAAAAAUUCCUGAACCUGAAAUUGAAAGUAAUAUUCACUCAACUCCAGUAGCAUGUACAACUUUUUCUCAAGAUCCACCUCGUCCAGUCAUUGGUUCAGCUAUGUAUCAAGAAAUGGCUGGUUAUAUGCCUGCUCGGGGUGAUUUUUCAUCAGAAUAUGAUGAUUAUGCUGAAUUAGAUAUCAAGGAUUUGAGUUACGAAAAGGAUGAUCCAUUUUGGAAUGAAAUGCAGAGUGCAGUUUUAAGUAUCUAUCAAUCAAGAUUAAAGGAGCGAGCUCGAAAAAAGUGGAUUAUUAUGACAUAUGGAUUAAUCAGCAUGAAACGCAAUCUAGAAGACUGGAAAAGGUACUCAAUUCUGGGGAAAACAAUACUUGAUAAGAUGAAAACAUUUAUGCGUCUUUUGGCUCCAGAUGACUUUUAUAAAUUUCUGGAAGGUGUCCUAUGGGAACAAAAAACGAAACAGAGAAUUAGAAUGCUUCAGGAUUGUCGUAAUGCUGGAAUAACACAUUUGCACAGUAUUGGAACAUAUAUGAAGUUAAAAAGGCGGAGAGAAGAACGGCGAAGAUACAAGACUGCUCUGGAUGAAGUAUUAGGGCAAAUCAAGGAUGAAGCGUCAUGUCAUCAAUUCAUCCGAAGGCAGUUUUUAAAAGAAAGUAGUCAAGGCGUUUCUGAUGCUAUGGCAGGAGUUGGUCGUCGUUCAGCCCCACCUCUUAAUAUUAUAGGCAUGCCUGGUUAUGAGAAAUUGACUACCAAGGAAAGAGAGCUAUGUGCAAACUUGAGAGUUUUUCCUGAACUAUUUUUAAAUUAUAAAGCAAUACUGAUAAAUGAAUAUAGAAAACUGGGAAGUUUACGUUUAGCAAAUGCUAGGACUGUUAUUAAAAUUGAUGUAAAUAAAACACGUAGAAUUUAUGACCUUCUUUUAGAAGAAGGCCUUGUUAGUAAGAACAGCUGAGAAGAAAAAUUCAUAUACCUAUAGUGUAUUUAUUUCUAUUUAUAUUGCCUGCAUUACUGCACAAAAAUUUUAUGCUGUAUUAUAGAAUUAUUUAUUUAUUAAAUAUAUGAGUCACUGAUUGCACAUAUUUAAUUGUUGAUGAUUUUCAAUACUUUCUUCAGAUGACAUUAAUUUAUUACUUAAUAAUACAAAUAUUGUUAUAUCACAUUCAAAAAAAAUUAUUUUACUGCACUAUUAAAUCAAUAUGUGCUUCUUGUAAUAUAUAAAAAAAAGUUAAUAAACUGGUUGUUCACCAAAGAAUGAUAGUGCUUUCUAUGAAAUAAUAUUGCUGCUUUUGUACAACUGAAAUUGCAUUUUGAACAAGAAUUGAACAGUAUUGUAAAAUCAUUUCAUCAAAAGCCAGCAUGCUUAUCUUUUACUGAGCAAUGUUAAAUAACAUAUUUAUUUUUUACCAUUUUAUAUGUUUUGAAUUGAAUGUGUCAUAAAUGUUGAAACCAUUAUUACUGAUUAAAGACCAUGAUCCUGUUCUCUCCCCCCCCAAAAGGCAUAAGACCUUUAAAUUAUAGGUGAAUCAAGAGAAGCUUUGUCAAGAUAUUGCUAAAUCAGUAGUAAAAGCAGUAAAAUUCUAGUAGCAGUAAAAUUGUUUGUUUGAUGAUGAUUUUAAAGCUUAAGCUUUUUAAGAUUGCUUUUUUUUUAUUACAUUUUAAACUGCAUUAUUUUCUAACCUUAUAAUUUGUUAGUUCAGUGCAGUUACUACUUGUUAACAAAUCUAUUUUUGCAAUAUUCUUAUGAACUAUUUAAGCUGUUAAAUGACAUCAGUAUAAUGAAUAAUUGUUAUGGGUAAUUAAUUAUUACUUUUUUUAAAUAAUAAUGUGAUUUAAAAUGCAAAUUGGUCAUGCAUAAAAUGCAAUCAAAUUGAUGUUAACUGAUGGAUUUUUUUUUUUUUUUAAUUCUAGAAAUUUAAUUUUAAGAUAUUUCCAAUGUUGUUAUUGCUUGUUUCUCAUCCAUUUAAUAAAUUUUCCCUAUGUAUGAGAAAAAUAUUGCCUCUCAAAGAUCUUAUCUGUCUUAUGUGUUAAAUGUGCUCUGUUUUAAAGGAUGCUUUAAACCUUAAAAACUUCCUUACAAAUGGAUGUUUUUAAGGUGCUCUGUUUUUAAGGAUGCUUUGUAUUUCUCAUUCAGCAAAAUAUGUAAGCAAAAUAUAAAGUACAGAUUAAUGAUAUUUUAAGAGUCUGUAUCAUGUAAUGGUAAGAAACUUUCAAAAAUUUUUUAGGCUUGUGAACUUUGACAAUUCAAAAUUAUUUAAAACAAAUUAAUUAAAACUCCUUUAUAAAUAAAAAAAUUGAGUAUUUUAAUGGGAAUAUUUUCAGUAUCUUAUCUUUUUAUCCUGAUGAAUCAUGUUACAGCUGGUGUUAAGUGUGUUUAAGUAUGAGUAUGCUUCGGUACACAACAUAAACUAACUUUUUUAUAGAAUUUAAUUAAAAUGCUGAUAAUAUCCAAGGUUUACAUCAUCCAAAAAUUGUUAACUUAUUUGCAUCUUGAGUUUCACAUUAGAUUGUGAAAAUUUGUAAUUGGUCUUGUAUUUUAUAGAUAUUAUAUUUUUUUAGACUUUCAGUUUUUAAACAUGAAAUUUAAUAAUCAUUUUAUUUUGUAUUUCUUUUAAUCUUUCAGUUUUU